AUGGCGGGCUGGUGGCGGGCGCUGCGGCGGGCUGCCCGGCGCCACCCGUGGCCCACCAACGUGCUGCUCUACGCCGCGCUCUUCUCGGCCGGCGAUGCGCUGCAGCAGCGACUGAAGGACGGCCCGGCCGACUGGCGCCAGACGCGGCGCGUGGCCACGGUGGUCGUGACCUUCCACGCUAACUUCAACUACGUGUGGCUGCGCCUGCUGGAGCGCGCGCUGCCGGGCCGCGCGCCGCGCGCCGUGCUGGCCAAGGUGCUGUGCGACCAGGUGCUCGGAGGGCCCAUCUACGUCUCCACCUUUUAUACCGGUAUGAGUAUUCUUCAAGGAGAGGAUGACAUAUUUUUGGAUAUGAAACAGAAAUUCUGGAAUACAUAUAAGUUAACUGAGUUUGUGAUUGACAAAAUAAAUGAAGUUUUGGUAAACUGA